AUGUUCCAACAAUACUCGACAAUCAUUGGAUGGGACAACAAUGCACUGAUGCGCAUGUACCGACAAGGCCUGAAGCCAAUGGUACGCAGGGAACUUAUGAGAAGUGGAGCCAACAUCGACACUCUGGAAGAACUCACAAAAGAAGCCGUUCGACUUGACAACGAACUGUACGAACUGGCACUUGAAGAACGACUCUUCAACGGACAAUCCUAUAAGGAGGAUAGGAACGAUCGAUCACGACAACAACAACCUCGACGUUCAACCCCUAACAUAGGACGGCAGCGAAGCUAUACACCCCGAACUCUAGGAUCUUACCAUGGAUACGAAAGCAGCGAUGAGGAAGAAAACCCACGUAGCGAGGAAGGAAACCCGCUAAGCGAUGAGGAAUACGAGACGCCAGCAGAGGAACAGGAGUUUCCCGCGGCCACUACGAAACACGAGAAGAUGGUCCGAUUCAAGGAAAAGAACCGACCACCUACGCCAAAGCCAGCAGAGCUUGAACCAGCACAAGAAGAACCCUGA